UGUAGGCACACAGCGCGAAAGAAUAAGAAGCAGAAUGUUAAAGGUGAUUGGACCUACACUUUGUUGGAAACAUGCUAGAUCUUUGGAUGUAUCAAGAAUGGUUAGUCUUGUGCGGCGGUUGAAGUCCUCAAAGAGUGAUAUCAGGAAACUCAUAAACUUGAAGCGUGAAAAUGAAUUGCUGUUUGGACCUUUGCUCAAAGCAAAGGACUUGGAACCAAAGAAAAGGAAAACAAAGAAGAAGAAAUCUGUAAAAGAUGGGAUUAGUACAAUUAUAGAGCAAGCUAGAACACAGACAGGUGAUUGGGCGGAUGAAGCUGACUUACUUGAUGAAUCCAUCAUUUCUUCAUCAAGUAGAAACAAGAAAACGGGGGCAAAAUCAACCAAUACAGCCAAAACAACGGUAAAGAAAAGCUUGUCUGAAGAGAAGACGGCUUCCAGGAAAAGAAAGACACAAAGCAGCAGUGAAUUAGAUGAACAGGUAUCACCGUUGUUUGAGUUCGUGCUGAACUAUCCCCUUGAUGUCAAGACUGACAUGAUCAGUGAUGAGUCUUCUGACUUUGGAACUCAAGUUGAACAGAUGAGUCUGAAAACCCUCCCAACAGUCAGUACUGUAUUGAAUAAAACACAGUCGGACAUGGCUCGUUUCUUUCUACAGCGAUGGCGAGAGACUUCUAUAGCAGAACUUGGCAAAGAAGAAUUCUACCAGAAGCAGGAAGGCAUCAAGCGUGACGGCAUCAACCUCCAUGCCUGUAUCCAGCAGUUCCUGUCUGGGUGCAGCAUCAGUGACAUCCAGGUACAACCACGCUGCGAGGGCUACUGGGAAAGUGUACGUGGAGCACUUGACAAGGUGGGAGAGGUCAAGGCUGUUGAGAGCAAGGCGCUCCAUCCCCAGCUUAUGUACCAAGGCACCUACGACUGUGUGGCCUCGUUCAGGGACUCACUGUGUGUGAUAGACUGGAAGACGUCCCAAAAGCCGAAGCCCCUUCUCUCUAACACCUUCGACAACCCCCUACAACUAGCUGCCUAUUUUGGGGCCAUCAAUGCGAGGGCCGAUGUCAGUAACAAGCAUGGCCCUGUCACUCAUGCUGUUAUUGUAAUUGCGUACCCCUGGGGCGAGCCGGCCCAUGUCCAUGUGAUCGACCAUCAGCAAUGUGAAAAGUACUGGGCGCAGUGGUGUGGUCGACUAAACCAGUACUGGAACAUUGUGGCCAAGGAGAAAGGUCUUCAAGAAAACCAGAUGGUGUCCGCAGCAUGAGAAGUACUGGGUAUGGGCGUGUGGUCGACUAUACCGGUACUGGAACAUUGAGGCUAAGGAGAAAGGUCUUCAAGAAAACCAGAUG